UUCUUCCAUUCAGUUCCGUCUCGUCUUGAAAGGCUCCUCAGAACAACCGGCUACGGAAGGGGAAUAAAGAGGCCCCGGGAACGCAGUGCAUUCUGGGUCCCAGAAAGGACGGCCCGGCCGGAGCAUGGCGGCAUCGAGCUGUCUUUAAAGGUUCAGUAAAAAGGAAAUAUGACUGAAUGGCAGAGGAAAACUCCUUUGGAAUGGCUAGCUUUUGUGGAUAAAGAAGUCAAAGUACUGGCUGCUGAGAAACACCAAUAUAAAGGAUGGGUUUUAACAAUUGACCCAGUUUCUGCCAACAUUCUUCUGGCAAAUCCCCUCGAGAAUGGAAAAGUAUCUGUUUUAGUUGUUUUAGGACAUGCUGUGCAAAAUAUUGAAAUAGUGACCGAAAGAGAUGAUAAAAUCAAAGAAAAACUUGCUUAUCUCUUCAUGGCUGGAAAAAGUCAAACUUAUAAUCAAGAAGAGCUGGACAGAAAGAAAAACUCCUUGAAGAAUUGGCUGGAGAAAAACCACAUCCCUGUAAUAGAACAAGGAGAAUCACAACCAACGCUGUGUGUGGCAGGUGUAUUAACCAUUGAUCCACCAUAUGGACCAGAAGAUUGCAAUAGCUCUAAUGAAAUAAUUUUGUGUAGAGUUCAAGGAUUGAUUCAAAACUAUCUUGCACUUCAGCAGUGAGGCAUAUACAUUUCAUUACACUUAAAACACUUAGCAGUUUAAUUAAAAGUAGGAAUACUUAAUAGUUAAUGGUCAGCCAGUGUUUCCAAAUUUUGUUUUGUAUACAAAUAGCAAUUGUAGCAGCUGUGCUAGUUUUUUAUAUAUUUUUAUAUAAAAAUAUUUUGACUUUUCCCCCUGAAGUUCCUGCAAAGUUGAUUUGUAUAUAUAAAAUAAAGUUAAAAAUAUGUCACA